CUUUUUUCCGGCGGUCGGUAGAAUAUAUUUUUAUUAGAUCUACAUAGACUACAUAGAACAACACAAUAAAUAGUCAAAGAUGACUCGUAAACAAUUCAAGAGGAUGCUCCUACGUAUUUUACUAUUGAGCUUAAAAGGUGUUCUAUCGGAAAUUGUAUGCGCAGAAGAAGAGACAUGUAGGAUAGUGCAUAAGGCGUUUGUUAAUCCAAGGUUCAACAUAACAGCUUCAUGGUACAGACAUAAUCAAAUUGUUAGUAACUGCACACAAAAUAAAGAAUGUGAAACAUACGCUGAAUUUAAACACUUUACUAAUUCUACUUAUUCCUUGGUCAAUAAUUAUCUGUAUAACACAUUAGAACUUAACUCAAGUGAUCGUAAUACCGACUUUGACAUAAAUGGAGAAUGGGUUUUAAUUGUUGGAUACACAAAUAUCUCCACGAGGUCAAAUUUCACCAUAAUAACGUAUAGGAUGAUUAAAGAUGCUAGCUGUGUUGUGGAAGCAACUAUGGAAAAAGGUGUUUGGUUGAUUUGUAAUGUACCCAAGGCUUAUCCGGAAACGUUAUGUACCUUUAUCGAAACUCAUGGAAAUAAAAAUUAUGAAAAUGUAACCUACAAAAAUCUAUUUUUACUACACAAGCCAUACAUGUCCAACAAUUGCUCUAUUCGUCUUGACGUCACGGAUAAAGUGGAGAAUAAAUUUGAAUUUAUAGUAGGUAUAUAUCCAAACAUUUCAUACAAUGGAAAUGACAGAAACUUUAAAAAGAACAUCUCCGUUUCAUACUGCAUUGGUCCACCGAGAAUCACUCACAACUGUCCAGACGAAGUUCUAGAGGGGGAAUCUUUCAGUUGCAAAUGUUAUAAGGUUGACACGUAUAACAACACCGUUAAAAUAAAGGUAAAACAAGGUGAAAAGCUUAUUUCCGACAGCACAGCGGACAACGAAUAUAUAAUCAAAACAGUCGGUGAAGAAUUUAUGGAUAUCACCUGCUAUGGAGUAAAUGAUUUAAACUGGCAAAGCAACUUAACGAAAUAUUGUCCUAAGUUACGAAGAAAGUAUUUUUAUUUUGCAUAUUUGUAUAUAUUUUUGUAUGCUUUAACAUAACUUGUAUCUAUUUUUUUUGGGUGCAUAAACAUAGUCGUUGAAAUCACAUGAGAAAGUAACUGAAAGUCGAAACAAUACAUUUUACCAUCAAUGUUUUAGUCAUUUUGACCCUAUU